AGACAGAGAGGUAAGUGUGUAGGAGGGUGCGUGCUGAUGUGCAGGGAGGUUGAUUGGUCACCUCUGCGUAAGAGAGGUUGUGCGCUUUUAAACAGUGCGGCCAGAGGGCAAAGCAUUCAGACCACAGCUGCUUUCCCUCACACACACACUGACGAGGAGAGCCGAACCGAGCCGAACCGAGCCAGACCGAGCCGAACCGAGCACAGGACUUAAGAGAAGAAGGAAGGAUACACACAAGUCAUGACUCUGAGAACUGUACGACAACUUUUUCUUUUAUGUUUAAUCUGGUUUCUCGGAUCUUUGAGCACAACAGAUUCCAGUCCGUAUGAUCGGUGGGAAGAUGGCAUCAUGCUAAGAAAGGUGCGAGGCAGCCAAAGUGGAGAUUAUAGUGAUGUUUUGUUGGGACACCAGGAUGAGGAGCAGGUCCAGAAUGUUUUUAAGAGAUUCCUGUUUCAUUACUCUAAAGCACGCAACUCUGUGGGACCUCUGCAGCAGGUGGAGUCUCACUCAGUUCAUCCCUUGAUGCGACUUUCCCCCAAACUGUCCAAGAGGAAAAAUAAGAAGGUUCUACUUCUGAAGAUCCGUGGUCUGCCUGAGGGGCUGUUGUAGAAGAAAAGGCUACAAAACCAAGAGAAGAAAUCAGAAUUAACAGACGAGCUGGCAGCACUCUGAACCCAACAACGAAACCAACCGGUGGAGCAUCACUGCACAGAUGGAAAAUCUGCACUGCCUCCGCUGCCAUGCGUCUUCCUGCUUCCUGUGAGCCGCUCCCAAGCACAAAUUUGGCCUGUUGGCACCGCUGCAUAAGACACAGGUGUCCAAAAACCAUGAAGACACUCAAAGAAGAGACACUUUAUAAUCACAGACACCAAAAACAUGCAAAGUUAGGAAACACACAGGCACUUAUUGAUGUGGCAGAGAGGUGAACUCACAUUUAAUUGAACAGAUUUAAACAGACGUAUAUUUGUGACAUAAUUAUCAAAUGUAUAAUAAAAAACUUUAAAUUUG